UGCGGCAGUCAACAGCCAUCCACCAAUGGCCCCACUGCUACAAGAGAAGGUCCAAAAACCAAAUCCACUGAUCGUUUCUACGCCAGCACAGCACCACCGGCAGCUGAUGAAGUCUAUCCCCAGCCUCCGCAAAUUGGAUGCUAUUCGAGCUCAGAGGGCACGGGCUUCCUCGAGGGGAUCUUCAACGCCACGACUCCUGAAGGCGCCUUGGUCUCGACAGCCUACGAAAGCCACAGCCAAUAUGGCUUCGAUCCUGUGACUGGCCACUUCGUUGCUCCUGUCAGCUUUUUCCCGCACCCAAACCAAGGAGAGCUUCUGACACCCCAUCCCAUAGCAUCCGCUGAUCCUCAGUCCGUUGGAGCGGGCCUGAACGUUAAGCAUCACCAUCAACCUCAGUUGCACGAACAGCCAAGGACCCUGGAAGAAACCGCUUCUAUUUCAUCUAACAGUUCGGUCACCGGUGCAGGCGCUAUCACUACCUGCGCCUACUUCUGGCAGUACAACGCCCAGUGCAAGGGUCCCAAGGCGGUUCGGCUCAUCAGCGGUGGAACCAACUCCCCGCUCUCCAGUGCCACCAGCCCCCUUAGUAGUUGCUAUGACGGCGGAGGUGGUGGGACCAGCAUGGCUAAUGUGGGCAACUGUUCGAUUGCCGUUCAUUCCCUGCCCCAAUACCCUCUUGUGGUGUUCGAGGACCCCGUCCAAAAGCGCAACGAUCUGGUGCAUUGUUCGAAACUGCGCCGAGGCGAUGGCAACGAUGUGACGCCAAACAUAAUGCGGCUUCGCUCGAUGGGCGACGAGUUGGACCGGCUAGCGGCGCAGAUCACUCGGCAGGGCGAAAUCAUCAUGGCCGGUGGCGGUGGUGGUGGUGGUGCGGGCGGCGGGGGGACGGAGAUGCCAGGAGUCGUCCGGUCUGCCCCCUUCGAUCUCGAGACCGUGGGUCCUCCUCCCUCGUGGAGGGUUGAGGAAGCCAAAAGAGAAAAAAAUAAGUUGGCGAGCAAGAUCUGCCGACUAAAGAAAAAGGCUUUCCACGAGUCAAACAAAAUCAAAUACACUGGUCUUGGACUGGAGUACAAAGAACUAGCUAACCUGAUAACAAGUCUGAAGAAGAUGAUAGCGCAGCAUGCGAGUCCAUCUCUUGCAAGGCUGCUUCAACAGUCGCAGCAGUCCGGUGAGAAGAUCGCCGGUGGCAGCGGUGGUGGCGACGGCGAGAAACUGGCCGGCAGUGCCGAUGGGGGACAGGCGGAAAGCCUUUUCGCCAGGGCGAAGUGGCUUGCAUCUGCCACCCACGUAACACUAGUGGCUGGUCGUAUGGACGCUUUCGUGGAAGAGGUUCUGAAUCUGGCAAAAUCAACUCAGGCAAAACACCCGCUGAUAAAGCGAUUAUCCAGUGGCUGCAGCAGCACUUCAAUCAGUAGUGGCACCCGUGAAAUUCCCGUGCCCGCUGCUCCAAAAUUUCCCUCCAUUACCAAUCCUCUGACACAAAUGUCCACCGAAGUCCCUGAUCCAAGUUUCACCUAUGCUCCUGCAAACACUUACGACUACUCUCAGCGUGCUGGUUUCCCAGCUGCCCUCGACCUCUCCAACAUGGUGCGCUCCAGCACCGAUCGAUUUGUUGAUUAUCAUUCUCACUACGAAGAAAACAGACAAGCCGAUUGGUUUGAAUACGGCUCAGGUGUGCCUUAUCAGACAGCGGAGGAUGCUGCCUACACCCCCGCUACUUACAUUGCCGCAUAUCAUCCACAGGGGGCUGUCUCUUCGCAGGAUUUCGUGUACUGUGGUCAACAAUUCUACGACGCUUUAGGGCCACAAGUUGGGUCUGAAUAUCAGAGUUUGCAGCAGGGGUCAGUAAAAGUUGCGAUUGAAGAGUUAGGAACGCUACCUGCGUCAACAGACGUUCCAAGUGCGGAUAGUGGAAUUUCGGUUAACUGUCCACAACGGUUAUCGGUCAUUACUUGA